UGGCUUCAGAGGAUAUCAGAGUAGUUGGCGCUCCGGGUGCUGUGUUGUAGGUGUCUGCUGGAAAAUGGCUGAAUACUUGGCUUCCAUCUUUGGCACCGAGAAAGACAAAGUCAACUGUUCAUUUUAUUUCAAAACUGGAGCAUGUCGUCAUGGAGAUAAAUGUUCGCGGUUGCACAAUAAACCAACCUUCAGCCAGACCAUUGCCCUCUUGAAUAUUUACCAUAACCCUCAAAACUCUGCCCAGUCUACUGGUGGUUUGUGCUGUGCUAUGAGUGACUGGGAGGUGCAGGAGCACUAUGAUGAGUUCUUUGAGGAAGUCUUCACUGAGAUGGAAGAAAAGUAUGGACAGGUUGAAGAGAUGAACGUCUGUGACAACCUAGGAGACCACCUGGUGGGGAAUGUGUAUGUCAAGUUUCGUUAUGAGGAGGAUGCAGAGAAAGCUGUGAUGGACUUGAAUAACCGCUGGUUUAAUGGGCAGCCAAUCCGUUCAGAGCUGUCCCCAGUUACUGACUUCAGGGAAGCCUGCUGCCACCAGUAUGAGAUGGGCGAGUGCACAAGAAUGGGCUUCUGCAACUUCAUGCAUCUGAAGCCAAUCUCAAGAGAGCUCAAAAGGAAGCUGUCUCAGCGCCAGUGCAAGAGGCAUAGAUCCAGGUCCCGAUCCCGGGAAAGGCAUUCUCCAUCCAGAGACAUAAGGCAUGGUGGCAGCAGAGGAGAUGGAGGACGAGAGCAUUACAGGAGGCAGUCUAGAUACCUCAAGAGAUACGGGAGAUUCUGAGCCCAGCUGUUUAUAGCUGUGUCUGCUAGACAGUGUUGUAGUUGGUUGACAAGCCAGUUCAUAUUGGGAGUUUUUUGUUUUUGUUUUUUAAAAACAACCAAAAAAGAUGAGUUUUUGAAUAAAAUUUGUAGUGAUAAAAUAAGAAAAGAUAGCUUAUUAAAUAUAGGGUUCAGGGUCUUCCUGUGAA